AUGUUUCUCCAUAACAGGCCGGAGUACAAACCAAGAAGUCCAGUGUCAUCCCCUGUCAUUCAGAGGUCCGCUGUCCUACGGGCACUGCAUGAAGAGGAAGCGAAAGGAAGACGACACAUGGAACGUCCUAUCACUCCUCCAACAUCCAUGAAACAGCCACCACCUCCUCCCCCUAAGCCUAAACCUUCAGUUCGUAGUGAAAUUUUAAAAUCACCCCCAGGGGCAUACACGACUUCACCUUUUCACCAGAGAUCUGAGAGGAUUUCUCAUUUUGGCUGGGACCAGGAAGAGAGCAAGACAACCAUGUACCAGUCAAAACAGCAAUAUUAUCAAACUGAGUGGCCUUACAGAGAAGCUGUUCCUCAGGAAAAACAAGUAACAGAUUCUUAUCUACAACGAGCUACUCCCCCUGUUCGAAAUCAUCCGUCAUACCAACAGAAAGCUGCUCCUCCGGCUCCUCCCCGCGCUUUUCAAGCAUCGUAUCCACAACACCAACCAGCAACCGUUCAGUUACCAUAUCAACACACAACUACCUCAAGUGUCCAACUAACAGCUCGACAACCUAAUACUCCUCCCACAGUACGACGUGCUGAACCACCCUUUUACCAGGAGCAGCCCCCCUCACCCCAAGCUACGGUUGGUUCUGUUCAGUCAACCCUCGUAUUUGAUCAACCCAGGUUCCCACAAACAUCUGGGAUCUCCACCCAAGCGAAGGGCAUUUCUCAUAAUGCCCCUUCAUCCCCUACAACUGAACCUGUUCAACGAAAUUAUCAAGGGUUGUCUCAACAAACGUCAUCGUUUGCUCCAAGCUCAGUGGCCUCACGUAGUCAACCUUACUGGCCACAACAGAACCGUCCAGCUAGCCAAUCACCUAUGACCAGGAUGUCCCCCAGCCCAACCGCCUCCCCUUCUUUGUCUCGUAAACUUCGGACUUCAGAAGGAAUUUGGCCACCCAAGAAUCCCAAGGCUCGAGAGCAUCCAAGAACAGGAUUUUCUCCUGGCUGGACUCAAGAAAGUAGCCAUGGAAAGAAGCUCCUCUGGCCACCCCCGAAACAUGGUGAAUCAGACGAUGAGUUUGGAGAUCGUACUACACCGACUACUCCACCUCGUGCAGGCACUGUCACUAAUGCAUGGCACCCUCAACCCUCUACACCUCCUUGUCGCACCCCUCCGUUUGCUGGAGGAUCCCCUUUACUGGGCCGUCGAAACAAGGACAUCGCAUGGCCACCACCGCAGUCACAAAAUGUCAUUUCGAAGAGGUCCUCUUCCAGGCCUUUAAGGAAGGCUCAAAGUUUCGAAGAUUACAUAGUGCAGCAUGCCAGUGUUACCGUCCCUCCCACCUAUAGACCACCCCCUGGUUCUCAGCAUGUGCAGCCUACCCAUGCGUAGGGUAGAAUGAUCUAGCUUUUAGAUGAUAAAAGUUUUACUAUUCUUCUCUUGUAGUUAGAAUGAUAGGAGUUUGAAUGCAGUUACGACGGGAUUACAUUUUAUUAUAUGUUGUUUUGCUAUAUAUGUUCAGUUUGUGUAUUGAAGCACAGAAUUAGUCAAAGAAUGCUUCACUUUGUAAAGAAUCCGACAAUUAGUUUCGCAAAUCGGAAGCGUUCUAGAAUGUUCUAUUUGUAUUGAUAUUUAUUUAUCUCAGAUGGCUUCCGUUUAAUUCGUUAAUUUUUAAGGAACGAACAAACCAAUGUUUUAUUUGUUUUUUCUUUUACACCAUGUUUCACACGAUUUCGUUUUUUAAGACAUUUUGAACAUAAUUAAGUUUUGAUAUCAUAUUUAUUUACUUCAUGUUCCACUUUAACACUGCUUUGAGAGGUAUGUUUAGAGCUGAAAACAAUGCGCGGGUAACAGAUAUAUUGUUCCCCCAAAAACCAAACGCUUCGCUUCUUUUAACCUUCCUACUAAUAUUAACUCAGUUUCCUACAGAUAAAUGUGUUGACUCUCCAAAAACAACGGUGGAAAUCGAUCACAGCUACCACUAUCUGGAGUGUCCAUCAUUUCCACAGAUGAAGCUCUGAUGUAAACAACCACUUGUUUCACGUAUUUCUCAGCUUUUCUUUGCUCUUAGAAUAGAAUGUAUAAAAAUGUGUACGUCACGUUGUUUAACAUUUUAAACGUAUUUUGUAUAUUAAUGCUGUGAUACUGAUUGUUGUUCAAUAAAGGAUUCUCAGACCUUUCCUGUGACAUCUCUCGUUACAUCACGUAGGAAUACAAUAUCUAAAUACCAUAUGUUAAAAUAUAACGGUUGACUAACAAACAGACUAGCUAUUGUGACAGCUUCUAAAUAUUUCUACUUCUGUU